UGUCACAUCUUCCUUUGGGAGUUUGCAGAAAGCAUCAGAGACACUCCACCUGCAGAUCACAUUUUGGGGCAGUAACUCUGACAGCCGAGGAACAACCGAUUAGACUGACGACAAGAAGAUUCACAGGCAUGGAUAAAAGACUUAUCUUCUGUGUUCUGUUGGUGAUGCUAUCUGGGAGAUUUGUGGGCGCUGAAAACACUACGACAGCACCACCUAGCAAUAUGUUAACAACCCCAACCACCAAAAUGACAGCAACAGCAGAAAACUCAGUGACAAGUCUCACCAACGUGUCGACAACCCCAGCCAGCAAUAUGACAGCAACAGCAGUCCCCGUGACGAAUGUAUCAAUGGCAGCAUCAACACAAUUUGUCCUAGUGUCCCCAAACACCACAGUGCUGACACUUGAGGCCAACAUCACUAAUGCUGAGUGUGGAUCCAAGCAGCUGUGUAUAGCUGAGCCCCCUAAGUGUGACCCCUUUGUAACAGGGUCUUGCUUCUUCUUUGCUGCCAAGCAGGAAAGUGGUCGAAACUUUAACUUCGAUCUCUCAGGAGAAUCAAACGGAUACAUUGCAGCAACUCUGACAGGUGGCGUUGGGCAGGGAGACCCGACUUAUAUCUGUGCAAACAGCAAGGGCAAAGUCAAAUUCUUUAGUUCGGUCCUCAACAAUGGUGUUCUGAAUAUUUCAGAGCUCAAUGUGAACUCAGUGAAGGGCAAGAUCAAGGGCAAGGUAAUUCAGUGCAGAUUCCUUGCCACUGUUCCAGAACCAAAAACUCGAGCAACAACCCUCGGCGUUGCGGUUUCAACGGGAGAGUACAACGACACUAACGAUAGCCUGGGUACUCCCAAAUCUGUUAUAAAUGUCAGCGCGGUAGAUCUGGCAAACCCCAAUAACAACGUAACCAACGAGAUUGCCAACACAACAACCCCAGCCAGCAAUAUGACAGCAACAGCAGUCCCCGUGACGAAUGUAUCAAUGGCAGCAUCAACACAAUUUGUCCUAGUGUCCCCAAACACCACAGUGCUGACACUUGAGGCCAACAUCACUAAUGCUGAGUGUGGAUCCAAGCAGCUGUGCAUAGCUGAGCCCCCUAAGUGUGACCCCUUUGUAACAGGGUCUUGCUUCUUCUUUGCUGCCAAGCAGGAAAGUGGUCGAAACUUUAACUUCGAUCUCUCAGGAGAAUCAAACGGAUACAUUGCAGCAACUCUGACAGGUGGUGUUGGGCAGGGAGACCCGACUUAUAUCUGUGCAAACAGCAAGGGCAAAGUCAAAUUCUUUAGUUCGGUCCUCAACAAUGGUGUUCUGAAUAUUUCAGAGCUCAAUGUGAACUCGGUGAAGGGCAAGAUCAAGGGCAAGGUAAUUCAGUGCAGAUUCCUUGCCACUGUUCCAGAACCAAAAACUCGAGCAACAACCCUCGGCGUUAUGGUUUCAACGGGAGAGUACAACGACACUAACGAUGUCCUGAGUACUCCCAUCUCUGUUAUAAAGGUCAGCGCUGUAGAUCUGGCAAACCCUGAUAACAAUGUAACCAACGAGAUUGCCAACACAACAACCCCAGCACCGACCGGAAACAAUGCAACCACAGUGGCACCAACAGGGACUCUCAUCCCCCAACUUUCGACAGCUAUAACCCGGCAAGAAUGUGGCACCACAAAGCUCUGUGCAGCCGAACCCUCAAAGUGCGAUCCCACUGCCGGAACUAGUUGCUAUUUCCUAUCUGUCAAGCAACAAAGUGGCCAAAUAUACAACUUUGAGCUCUCAGGACAGUCAGAUGGCUAUGUUGCUGCUGGACUCUCAACCAGUGCAAUUGCGAAUGGCACUCACACGGCUUACAUUUGUGCAAACGAAAAUGGCAAUGUCAGAUUCUUCACUGGCACCAUUGACAAUUUUGUGAUAAAUCUCAAAUUGUCGCAGAACUCAAGCAAUGAGCGGGGCACAGUCAACGGCAACAAAAUCCAGUGCACAUUUUCAGCUGAUCUACCAGACAGUUCUGUCCGAACAGCAAAUUAUGCUUUGUCAAUUUCAAAUGGAACUUACGACGCCAAGACCUUACAGCUGGGAAAAACAACGUUCCGAUUAUUGACAAGUAGUACAAACUUGUCGGAUCCUACCGCUAACCUCACCAACCUGAUAAACAAUGCCCCAAUCAAUUACGCUUCCUCUUUCAUUCCUGCUCUGCUGGUCACCGUGUAUAUGCUGGCCUUCACAGCAAUGUGAAGAAACCAACGUCUCUAGUGACUUGUGAUUUCUGCAACUAAAGAAAAAGGACUAAACUGGACCGUUUAAUGUUUAUUUAUUAUUUAAAGUUCAAACGUGAAUGUAGGACAUUAGAUCACUGGAGUACAAUUAAGUAGCAUGUCCUGUUACACUUUUAAAGAGUUGCAAGAAAAGUGGUGAUGUUUUUUGUUUGGGUGUUGUUGUUUUUUUCUUAAUCAGCAUAAGCCAACUUUGAUUUGAUUUGAUUUUGAUUUAUGCAACAGGGCUGGGGUUUUGAGGUCUGGUUACAUUGUAAAACUUGGUGGUUUAUGUUAAAAUUUUGUGUUUUAUUUUAUUUUUUUUAAAAUUGUUGUUCAAUUGAAAAACAGCUCGUGUAAACCUACGCGUAACAUUUGUGUUGCAAAAUGUUUUCCAACACGUCCUGCAGCAUUGCUAAAGCCGAUGCCAUCAAAGUACUGCGUUUGUUGUCAUGAUAUAUGUUGUUAUUAAGAACGUACAGGUGGUUAAAUUAUGAAGCCUUCACUGGCUGACGUAUGCUCGUCACGUGCAAACAGCAUGAACAAAAUGCUGUACCAUAUGCCAUAAAUUGGUGAGUUAAUCAUUUAGACCUAUGCUAAGAUUAACAGAUUUUUUUACAUUUUUUCAGUAGUUGAAUAAAUAUAUUUUCAUCCAAACA